AUGGCGUCUCUUGAGCCUCUUGCAACAGUAACUCGGUGGGUCGGCUUCGUUAGCGGGGUGUUGACUAUUCUCCUCUGGUGCUUCCAGCUCUCCUCAACAUCCCCCUCUAUCUCGAUUGGGGACGACCCGCUCGCAGAUGUUAACAAGGGAAGUUGGAGAAUGCAGCUCUUCUCCUUCGUUCCAUCGGUCUUCAUCGACGUGUGGACACCUUUCGUCAUGGGCGCAAUGACCGUCAUGUCGCACUUCUCCUCGUUCCACCUGGAUUUCAUGUCCGUUAAUUUUGCACAUUACUUCAUCUGGUCCAUCUUGAUGGCCUUAUUUGGAAAUAUGGGCUACGCCGGAGUUGUAGGAAUCGUUGUAGCUUCUGUAACGCUCCUCUCCUCCCUCCUCAGCUUGAUUUGUGCAUUCCUUUACGACGGCACUGCAAGUCUGAAGCUCGGGAACUGA